AUGAUACCUCAACGCGCUCUUCGACGUGCCUUUCAGGCCGUCGGUGUCUCCAUUCCGGUUCGGCGGCUUACACCUCCUCGCCAGUCCUACUCGGUGCGCGCCCCCGCACACGGAGAAAGCAAGACCGCCGUGUCGCCGCGCUGGCUGAGCGACACGAAGACGCGGAUCGGGAAAUGCAUCACGUUCGGCAUGUCGGCGCCGCAAGUGGACGAGGCGGGCCAGAUCCUGCGCACGCUCGGUCGAGAGUGGCGCGAACUCGUCGCCGGCAGCGAAGGGUUCCUGACCGACGAGACAAGAGCGGGCUUACACCGACACCAGAUCGUCUGGGGCGAGCAGGACUCGAUGGGCCACGUCAACAACGUCAUGUACGUGCGGUACGCGGAGAGCGGGCGCUGCAACUGGAUCCUCAACUACAGCGACCACGUAGACCCGGCGCACAAGCGCGCGUGGAGGGAGCUCGUCACGUCGCGCGGCAUCGGCCUCAUCCUCAAGAGCAUCACCGUCGACUACAAGUUCCCCAUGACCUGGCCCGACCGCAUCUCGGUGUACCACAAGCUGCGGGCGCGGCCGGACGAGACCUCCGAGUCGCUCGUGCUGGAUGUGCUCAUCAUGUCGGAGCGGCGGCAGCGGCCGGCGGCCCGGUGUUUCGAGGAUGUCGUCGUCUAUGACUACAGAGCUGGGAAGAAGAGUACGUUGGAGCCGUUCAUGCUGGAGCAGUUGAAGAAGACUUUCGAUCUGCAAGAGGCGGCCAAGAAGGAGAAUCUUGCUAAGAUUCAAGAUCUGGAACAGAGGGUUCGACGGCUCGAGACUCAGACUUGGGAUCGGCCUGAUGCGAAGGAGGACUUUGGCAGUGCUGUCUGA